GAACCCUAAAUCCACCUUUUUGGCGGUGCACAGUGCCUAAUCGCAUUAGCUUACGUGCGUAUUUUACCUACCUGCUGAAAGUACUCGAUGCUCCUUCCUUUCUCGAAGCUUCCUUUUCUGCAGCUCUCAUUUCUCUCUUAACCAAAAAAAGAAAAAAAGAAAAAGAAAAAGAAAAAUCAAUUCCCUGUCUAGCUCUCAACAAAUUCCCUUUUGUAUUCUCUUAAACUUAGGUUGAUUUAAUAAAUAAUAUAAUAAUAUUAAUAAUAAGAAGAAGAAGAAGAAGAAGAAGAAGAAGAAGAAGAAUGUUUAAGAAGGCAGUAGAAGCAAAAUCGCAUCAGAGGCUAUCAGGAGCUGACAGGAAAAAGCUUAAACGCAGCAUCAGAGAUAAGUUUCCUCGCGCUUCUGAUGCCGAUAUCGAUACUCUACUCCCUCCCAAAGCAGAUAUAACAGUUGCAAAGUUUCAAAAUCGAGUACAUGUAUAUGGUGUUGAAGGUGGCUUUCCAAUGUUUUUCGAUGUUGAUGGCCGUGGCACUGAUAUUUUUCCCACAGUCUUUGCCCUGUGGAACGUCCCUGAAUUCUUGCCAUCUUUUAUGCUGAAGGGCGGUGAGGUCUCUCGAUAUAUCCUUGGAGGGGCAGAUUUGAUGUUUCCUGGUAUUAGUAUACCUGCCGAAGGUCUACCAUCCUUUUCAGCUGGGGAACCAUGGGCAGUAAAAGUUCCUGGGAAUCCAGCACCAAUAGCGGUUGGAUCUACAACUAUGAGCAGCAGUGAAGCAAUAAAAGCUGGUUUGCGUGGGAAGGCCUUAAGGAUAACUCACUAUUAUCGGGACCUACUUUGGGAGUCAGUUGAGGGGCAUUAUGUGCCAAAUGCAGGAUUUUUUGAAGAUGUUGUCUUUGAGGAUCCUGCUUUCACAUCAUCAAUUCAAGUUUCUGAUUCAUAUGAAACUGCUUAUGAUGUGUCAAAUGAUCAGCUAAAUAAGGUUGAGACUGAUGAAAUUGGGGAAUCUGCUGAUGUAAAUGAUGUCAUAUCAGAAUCUCACCCUUCUACAAUCACAGAACUUGAUUCUAAAGAAUCUAAACAUGAUAUAAUAGAACAAGUCACUGCUGUUGUGAGUGAUAUGAAAGUGAUGGACAAUGAUACUGCCGAUGAAUCAACUAUUGAGGAGCAGCAUAUCUUGUCAACGGGUGAUGUGGAUGCUUAUUUGGACAAAUGCUUGUUGCAAGCCCUACAUACAACUGUUAAGGACAAAGAUCUUCCAAUGCCUGGCAGCACCCUGUGGUCAAACCAUGUCUUGCCUUGUAGGCCUCCAGGCGUCCUGCUAGAUAUCAAGAAAUCAUCCCACAAGAAACUCUCAAAAUGGCUACAAGCUAAAUCAUCAGCAGGAUUGAUUUCGGUAAAGGAAGAUAAAUAUAAGAAGGAAACUGUAUUAAUCUCCAUUAACCGCAGUCACCCGGAUUACUUGUCCUUCAAGCCAGAGAAGAGGCAGGAACAAAAAAUUGAUCAGGCUGGUGAUCGAGCUACCAGUGAAAGUCAGUCCAAAAAAAUGCUAGAAGUGGCAGAGAUCUAUAAACCAAGUGUACAUGUCAAUCCUAUUUUUGCUUCUGUUGGCGCUGAUACAGGGAAGCUCUACACUGCUUCGGAAGCCUCUGAUAUUGUCUUCAACUAUAUUGAGAAAGAAAAUCUGGUCAAGCCAACAAACAAGUCCUUUGUAGUUUUAGAUGCAACAUUGUGUGAUGCUUUGUUCAAGGGAACAGUUAAAAAAGGAUCAACAUACCCAACGGAGAUACAUAAGAAAGAUUUAGGAUCAAUAUUUAUAAGCAGAAUGCAAGCCCAUUACAUUGUAACUAGAGGAAGUGAUUCAGCUAUUCGUAAAGGUUCACUGAAGACAAUUCAAAUUUUAACAGAAAGGCGUCAGGGUAACAAGAAGGUAACAAAAGUCUCUGGUCUAGAACAAUUCUUGAUGGAUGCUGAAGCUUUGGCAUCAGAGCUACAGAAAAAGUUUGCUUGCAGUACAUCAGUGCAAGAGCUACCAGGCAAGAAAGGGAAUGAGGUCCUUAUUCAAGGUGGCGUGAUUGAUGAUGUGGCACGGCAUCUAGUUGAACAAUACGGGGUUCCCAAAAGAUAUAUUGAGGUUCUUGAUAAAACAAAGAAGUGAGAAGUGUUCUUAACUGUCAGUUUUUAUUAAGCAAUUAAUCUCUUUCACAGUAAACUGAUUGUGUUCUUUCACUCUGCCCUUUUUUUUAAGAUCAUGUACCACCCUACGUAAAUGUAUGUGCAACCUUUUUCUGGUUAUAUUAACCAAUGUGCAUCUUUUUAUUUUUCUAA